AUGACCGAGACUGCGCCCUUGCCUAACGGUAAUGGGAGCAUCAACAGGCCGAUUCGAAGAGAGGUGGAUGAGGAGGAAGAAGAGAACAUCUUUCUGUUUUACCCCAAUCUGAUUGGCUACUCGCGCGUUAUCCUCGCCGUCGCAUCCCUCUACUACAUGCCCCUCCACCCGCGCACCUGCUCCCUCCUCUACUCGAUAUCCUGCCUGCUAGAUGCGCUCGACGGGUUCGCCGCACGGCGAUUCGAGCAGUCGACCAAGUUUGGUGCCGUCUUGGACAUGGUGACGGAUCGGUGCACGACAGCAUGCUUGCUCGUAUUCCUGGCUUCGGCCUUCCCCCGGUGGAGCAUCGUUUUCCAAGGCUUGAUCAGCCUGGAUCUGGCGAGCCACUACAUGCACAUGUACGCGACGUUGAGUAUGGGCGGGAGCGGACAGAGCCAUAAGAAGGUCGACGAGAGCCGGAGCUGGGUGCUGAAGAUGUACUACUCCAAUAAUAAAGUCCUCUUCACCUUCUGCGCCCUCAACGAGCUCUUCUUCAUCGCCCUGUACCUCCUCUCCUUCUCCUCGCCUUAUCUCUCCCCCACCCUCCUCAAAGAUAGCCAAGAGCCCUCCUCGCUCCAACCGGGAUCCCCCGCCGCCCCCAAACCAUCGCUUCUCUUCACAAGCCCCUGGUCCGCCGGAGCUAUGGAAAUGGCACGAGCAAACAAGAUGGACUCGACCGUCCCCUGGAUCCUCGCCGUCAUCUCCUUCCCCGUCAUGUUCGGUAAACAAAUCAUCAACGUCGUCCAGCUCGUCAAGGCCAGCAAGUGGCUCGCCGAGGGCGACAGGCUCGAGAGGCGGAAGCAGGGUCUCCCAAGGAAACGGGCCAGCCAAUCGAAGAAGAAGCUAUAA